AUGGCUGCACUCUCUCAGCACUUGAGGAUCCUGCUGUGGAAGAACUGGCUGAGUGUCAAGAGGCAGCUGGUAUGGUCGUUCAUUUUAAUUUCCUGGCCUGUGGUUGUUUUCAUAAUCUUGGCCAUUAUCCGUCUCAAAUUCCCUCCAGAACCACAGCCAAACUGUUAUCUUGCACCCCGAAACCUUCCUAGUGCAGGCUUCUUCCCCUUCCUGCAAACCGUGUUGUGCGAUUCAGACGCCAGAUGUAAAGGCACACCGUACACCCCAGAGGAUCUGCUGCCAAGGCUUAAUGACAUCUCAUCUCUCCGACUCCAUCAAACAUACCGGGAAACACAUGAAAAUGGAGAAACAGUUAUUGCCCACAGAAGCAUUUGCAGCGUGGAGCUGGCUGGGCAUGCAUUUGGGGAUUUGGUAUCUCAUGGAGAAAAAACCCUUCAGAAUAUUUCAUCACCAUCCAACUUGACUUCCAGCAUCAACACGUUCAACAAAAUCCUCAGUUUUGGGAAGAGCCAGACCAAACAUUCAACUGCAGCAAAUCUCAAAGUCAUUCUGUGUGAGAUCUUGUCACGAUACAUGGCACAUCCCAGUCUCACUGAAGAGAAGAUGGCAGCCAAUAUCCACCGGACAUUCUGCUUUACCAACUCAUCGCUUCUGGAGUCAUUUACCCAAGAGUUCAGAAGUCAGCUCUCUCAGGUGCAGCACAACCCACAGUACCAGGCAGUGUUCGUCAAUGAAAUGGUCUCAUUCCUGAUGCUCAUCUCCCAAGUGCAGAAUGACACCUCCCUGUGGCAUCUCCUUUUGCUGGCCCCAGAUGUGUUCCAGGGCAGCAUGCAGCUGCAGGACAUAAUUGAAUUCCUUCAGAAUCCAAGCAGUGUUGUGCUGGCAGCUCAGAAUGUCUCUGCAUCGCUUGUGAGUGCUGAUAGAUUCCAGACUGUUCAGAAUGGGGUUGCAGAUCCUCCAUACUCCGUGAACUGCCUGGGGAAAGAUGAUGAAAAAAGUUUGGUGGCCAGAUCUAUUUGUAAUCCCUUUGUCAACUGGAAAGACAAUCAGACUUUAGGAUCUGAACUGGAGGAAGUUCUGAGGAAAAUAAAGUUACCAGAGUUUGGUGGAAAAGACUCCAAGAGGUCCAUUAAUUCGGAUGAUUUAGAAGCCAUACAGAACACUCUACAUCGUUUAAAAGGCUUUGAGAAAAAAAUGAAUAGAAGUGAAUUAAAAAGCUUAAAUCUAUUCAGAAAUUUGAAGAAUGAAACAUUACAGAAAUUGUAUGCAAUUCUUGAACUGGGAAUGAAUCCACAUCAUGAUUAUAAAUUAAAGGAACCAUAUAAUAAGGAAAUAAUUGAUGAAAUCUAUAACUUCACAUCACUGCAAUUACAGAGUGACUUUAAUGGGACUUCCAUUUUUGAUAUAAUGACCCAAUGGAAAGAAAUUCAGAGUGCUUUAAAAUUAGCUACAAUGAUCUGGAAUCCAGUUCUGUUAAAUAAUUCUAAUUUUAGUGCAGUGCAAACUCAGGAUGCUCUCAAAAUAUUGCUGUCCACUAGCAUGCCAUCCAUUCUGGAAGACUUCAGAGAGCAUUUAAAUGGAAUGAAAGAAGUACCAUCUUUGUUUUCUGAUUAUCUGCUUAAGCUUGUGUCCUACAGAAGCUUUCCAGACCAGCUCCUAGCUCUCCAGAAGAUGUUUUUUAUAAUGACAGGCACAAACAUAGGUUAUCAGUACUUACUGAUGCCUGUGUUUGAACUGAUGAGGAAAGUAGAAAGUUCCAUGGGUGAAGCCUGGUGGGAUGAGCUGAAUGCCUAUUGGCGCAUUGGGGAGGAAUUGAGAGCAAUGAAGUGGAAUAGCACAGGCAUCAUAGCCUACGGGCAGUUUUUAGAGGUAUUGAACAGCCAUUUAGAAAAGCUGAAUAAUAAUUCUAAUAGUGUCUUCGGUGAAAAAUUGGAUCAACUGUCAGAAUUUGUAACAGCCGUGUUUAAAGAGUUUGGGGAUAACUCUGAAGGAGCCAAUAUCUCACUAGUCACUCAAGCCAUACAAAAGACCUUGCACAUAUUAAAAGACUUACAGCUGAAUUAUAAUGUCAGUAAAUUAAAAUCUAUAGAUCUUUUCUUUAAUUCUGACGAUAAAACCUUUGAGAGCUUGUCUGAACUUCUGAGGACAGGAAUGAAAAUCCUUCAUUAUACAAGUGCCAGUGAAGCUGCCAGUGAAGAAAUAAUUAACCGUGUCUAUAACUUAACACACAUUCUUCUGCAGGAGUUCAGCCGGUUUUCCUUGUGGCACAAUACUUCUUUAGAGGCAAAAAUUUGGGAGUUCCUGCAUGUAGCCUUGAGUCCUUUCCUUGAGACCAGCAACAACAGUUACGGGACACCCCAGAACUGCUCUGCUCAGGACAUGCUCCACGUAACACUUGAGAUGCUCUUUGAAAAUACCACUUUAAGCAAGUCCUUAGCUGGGAGCCCCUGCAAACCCCUCUUUGAUUCCAUGGGCAUGGAGGGCGUGAGAAUGCGCAAUGACACCCUCCAAAAAGUGUUCCAGCUUGCCAUAGAAAACCUGAAACUGUCUCCAGAGUUUGCCGCUGUCUACCAGAACAGCAGCGACCGCUUUUCCGAGGAGCUGUCAUGCAUCAUCCAGUCUCUGCAGUUUACUCUGAGUUUCCUUUCCGAAUUAAACCUUGUCUCUGAGCUGGAGAACUCCUGGGUGCAGGAGAAGGGGACACCCCAGAACUGCUCUGCUCAGGACAUGCUCCACGUAACACUUGAGAUGCUCUUUGAAAAUACCACUUUAAGCAAGUCCUUAGCUGGGAGCCCCUGCAAACCCCUCUUUGAUUCCAUGGGCAUGGAGGGCGUGAGAAUGCGCAAUGACACCCUCCAAAAAGUGUUCCAGCUUGCCAUAGAAAACCUGAAACUGUCUCCAGAGUUUGCCGCUGUCUACCAGAACAGCAGCGACCGCUUUUCUGAGGAGCUGUCGUGCAUCAUCCAGUCGCUGAAGUUUUCUCUGAGUUUCCUUUCCGAAUUAAACCUUGUCUCUGAGCUGGAGAACUCCUGGGUGCAGGAGAAGGCAAGAGCUCUGGCCACUCUCACGGAGGGGCUGCUGCAGAGUAAUGCCUCCUGCCCCAUCCCAGUCCAAGGUGUGGGUGAUGUGCUGCCGUCUCAGCUCUUGGACAUGCUCAUUCCUUUCAUGCUGAACGAAACAGUGCUGAACUCCCUAAAUUUCCCUGACAGCUCAGCAGGCUGGAAUAACCUGUCCAGGCUCUUCAGUGUGGCACAGGCUGAGCUCCGCAUGAACAACCUGCUGCAGAGACUCCAAGGCGCCUUCAACCUGAGCAGAUGGAGUUAUUACUCAAGCGUCUGGGAUGUGGUUGACAGUUUCCUAAACGCCAAAAGGAAUCUAACCAAAGCAGCUGCCUUUGCAGAAUUGUUGGAAGCAGUGGCAAACAACUCUGCCAACAAUGUGUCAGCUCUAGAAAUCAUAGAAGCCAGUCGCUACAUUCUCAAGAGGCUGAACUCCUCUGAUCUGCUAAAUGAAUUCAAUAUCAGUUCCAGUUCAGCUUUUCUCACCACCAAAACUACUUUUGACAGUGUGGUUGAUAUUGUCACUCAUCACUUCAUUGUCAUGGCAGAAACCUUAUACAACAAGACUCUCCCUUGGACUCAGAGCGACCAAACUCUGUCACCAACCAGUUUGAUCACACGAUUUCUAUUUUUAGAAUUUGAAAACACCAUCUUACAGGUGACAGUGAAUAACAGCUAUAACUCUUACCUGAGGUGUUUAAUGAAUGCCACUGAAGUUGAAGACGGAGAAUUGACAGAAAACAUCACACUCCUUUUGAAGCAAACUCAUCUGAAAAAGAACUCUUUUAUGCAAAAUAAUACCUCUGAGAAACAUUCAUCCAUACCAGAGCUCCUGAAGCUAAAAAUAUCUCGCCUCCGGGAUCUGACAACACUUCUUUGUGACUAUGAGAGCUUUAAGUCAAUACAGCACAUCUGCCAUCUCCCCAGUGUCAGCUUUGGAGAACUGUGUGAACAAAGUCAGUCUCACGAGCAGCUCCUCCGCGCGAUUGAACUGAGCAGUCAAGUUGUGACCAACGUACUGAAUCACAGGAGAAUCUCACAAGAGCUUCAAAAUAUACUGAUUGGGGAUGCCACAAACUUCCAGACACAGAUGAAGUGGUUUCAAGAAAAUGUACCAGAAAUUGCUUUCUUUCAAGAGAUUCCUCAGUAUAUGAGUACUUUGAAUUCCAUGUUGAACAUCACUGAGGAUUUAACAGAUUCUAGCAAGCAAGAAAAGUUAAGAGAUGUGCUUAAAAAUGUGGACCAGCUCAAAGAGGAUCUCAAAAACAGAACAGGAAUGUCCACAGCCAGUAUUGAUGCUCUUCUGGAAGCAUCUCUCCCGGAAAACAGCAGUCAGCUCAUUUCUCAGAUCCUCCAGCUGGAGUCCUGUCACGGCCAUCCUGCUGACCCACAGCUGCAGACGGUAGUGGAGGAGUUCUGCAAUCUCUCUCUUUCAGAGAGGACCCGUGAGACCUACGUCCUGGGCGUCACACUGUUACGACACUUAGACAUUUACAAUUUCUUAUACAAGAUGUUUUUCCCUAAGGAACUUCAGAAACCCAUGGACAAGUUGCUAGGCCUUCUGACAAAAAUGAAGUAUUUCAGACACCAGGUCGAAUCCGACAUUGAUCCAUUGCUACAAGCUAUCCAUUCACUGAAAAAGCUCCGGCAAUCUAGAAAUGUGCCACUGACUGAGGCAUUAUUUAAACCAAACAACUUGAGGGUAACACGUGGCACAUUUAAGUCCAUGUCAAAAGUUCUCUGCAACCAGGAGAUCACACCCCUGUUUUUUGAGUCCUUGCUUCCAGAUUUUGGAGACCCUGUAAGCAACAGUUCUUCUGUGGAAGAUGUCUAUGUCCAAAAGUUGAUGAGGAAAUAUGGGAUUCCGCAUGACUCCACUCCGUUUUGCUUAUCCUUUUACCUGGAUCUGGUCAAGACCCCAACUGGAGCUUUGAUUUGGUCCUUUUUAAAACCAAUGGUGCUUGGGAAGAUCCUUUAUACACCAGAUACCAGAGAAACUCGAGCAAUCAUGGGCAAGUCUAAUGCAACCCUGAAGCAGAUGGCUGAUCUAGCCCUGAAGUCCCAGGAGUGGUUGGACAAGUCUCCUGUCAUCAUGAAUUCCCUGACAAAGUUAAACCAGACAGUCCUUAUGAUCGAGAACACCCUGCAGAAUCCCUUUGUGCAGGUUUUUAUCAAGCUGAUGGUGGAUUUGGAUGCGGCUGAAUUGCUGAGUCAAAUAAACGAACUGGAUGAUAUUCGGCUGGAAUUGCAGAACAACACUGACAUUGUUGAUCAGCUGAAUACAUUAGCUACCCUUGCUGUAAAUGUGUCCUCCUGUGUCUCAUUUAAUCGCGUUCGGGCAGUCAGAAGCAUAGAGGAAAUGGAAAUGGUGGCUAAAGAGCUCUUUCUGAAGAACGAGCUUUUUGCAAGUGUCAUUUUCAAGCUGCCUUCAAGCCAAAGCAGCCCUGGGCAUGCAGUUCACAGGGACUUGGCCCUCCCUCCCGUGCUCAACUACACCAUCCGAAUGAGCAGCAGGAUCACGCAAACCACCAACAGAAUAAGGGAGCGCAUCUGGACGGUGGGCCCGCACAAUUCCACCUCCCAGAGCCAGAUUUACAGCCGGGCGUUUAUUUAUAUCCAGGACAGCAUUGAAAGAGCCAUUAUCGAGUUACAGACUGGCAAGAAGCCAGAGGAAAUAGCUGUUCAAGUCCAGGCCAUGCCUUACCCCUGCUACAAUAAGGAUAUGUUCUUAACCAGCGUGACCUACUCUCUUCCAUUUGCUCUGAUGGCUGCCUGGGUGCUGUUUAUAGCUGAUUUUGUUAAAACACUUGUUCAAGAGAAAGAUCUGAGGCUUUAUGAGUACAUGAAAAUGAUGGGUGUUAACGCCAGCAGCCAUUUCAUCGCCUGGUUCAUAGAGUGUGCCAUCUUCCUCCUAAUUACUGUCACCUUCCUCAUCAUCAUUCUAAAAGUGGGUGACAUCCUUCCCAAAACAAACACAGCACUCCUGUUCCUCUACCUUAUGGACUACAGCCUGUCCAUCAUAGCCAUGAGCUACUUCAUCAGUGUUUUCUUCAACAACACCAACAUAGCAGCCUUGGUGGGCAGUCUCGUGUACAUCCUCACCUUCUUCCCCUUCAUCGUGUUGCUCGUCAUCGAGAAUCAUUUGAGCUUCUCUGUGAAGAGCCUGCUGAGCCUGUUGUCUCCCACUGCGUUCAGUUACGCAAGCCAGUACAUUGCUCGGUAUGAGGCACAGGGCAUAGGUCUGCAGUGGGACAACAUGUAUAAGUCCCCGAUGAUUGGAGACAACACUUCCUUUGGCUGGAUGUGCUGGCUCAUUCUGAUAGACUCUUUUAUUUACUUCCUCCUGGGGUGGUACAUAAGGAAUGUUUUCCCAGGUAGAUACGGCAUGGCUGCUCCCUGGUAUUUCCCGUUCCUCCCGUCUUACUGGGUCGAAUACAACAGUUACCUUCCCUUCUGGAAUGAGAAACGAAGAAGCCUUCUCUUCACCAAGCUGCUGUUAAGGAAAGAAGCCGCCCUCAGCAGUAAGAUAUGUGCCCCCCCUCCUCACCUGGAACCAGAGCCCACUGAUCUCACCGUGGGAGUCUCCCUCCGUGGCAUAACAAAGGUUUAUGGAUCCAAAGCUGCAGUGGACAACCUCAACCUCAACUUCUAUGAAGGGAAUAUCACUUCCCUGCUGGGACACAACGGAGCCGGGAAAACUACGACCAUAUCUAUUUUGACCGGGUUGUUCCCCACAUCAUCAGGUACUAUCUUUGUGUAUGGCAAAGACAUCAGAACUGACCAGGAGGUUAUCAGGAAGAACAUGGGGGUGUGUAUGCAGCACAAUGUGCUCUUUAACUACCUCACCACCAAGGAACACCUACUGCUCUACGGGUACAUCAAAGUCCCUCACUGGAGUAAAGAGGAGCUCUACCAAGAAGUGAAGAGGACUUUGAAGGAGACUGGACUGUACAGCCAUCGUCACAAGCUAGCUGGCUCCCUGUCCGGGGGGAUGAAGAGGAAGUUAUCUAUAGCUAUUGCUCUCCUGGGUGGAUCAAGGGUGGUGAUACUAGAUGAACCAACCACAGGGGUGGAUCCAUGCUCUCGGAGAAGUAUUUGGGAAAUUAUCUCCAAGAAUAAAAAAGGCAGGACCAUCAUUCUCUCCACACAUCAUUUGGAUGAAGCCGAAGUUCUGAGUGACCGAAUUGCCUUCCUAGAGCACGGAGGGCUGAAAUGCUGCGGUUCGCCAUUCUACCUCAAGGAAACGUUUGGUGAUGGAUACCACCUGACGCUCACAAAAAAGAAGAACAUGAUCGAGGAGUGCGACACCACAGCAGUGACCUCCUUGAUCCAGUCCCACCUCCCGGAGGCUUACCUCAAGGAGGAUAUUGGGGGAGAGCUCGUGUACGUGCUUCCCCCCUUCAAGUCCGCAGUCUCAGGGGCCUACCAGGCACUUCUGAGAGCCCUCGAUACCAGCUUGAGCGAUCUCCACCUUGGGUGCUACGGGAUUUCAAACACAACCGUGGAGGAGGUGUUUCUCAAUCUGACAAAAGAGCUAGGGAAGGACCAGCAAGAAGAUGCUGAACUGCCCCAACAGCUGCCUGGAGCCAGUGGUCAAAUUGGCAGUGACGAAAUGUCCGUGAGCACGGAUACCUUCACAGAAAGAGACGAUCAACUCCUCAUCAGAUCAAAAAGCCUGCAGGGUUUGCCGUUGCUGCUUAAGAAGACAUCAGCUUUGUUCAUUAAGAGGUUCCACCAUACCCGGCGGGAUGUCAGAGGCUUCAUUGCUCAGGUCAUCCUCCCGGUCCUCUUUGUGAUGGCUGCGAUGGGGCUUGGGACACUGAGGACUAAGGAGACCGACUAUCCCGAACUGCUUCUUUCCCCUUCUCUGUACGGCACAUCCGACCAGGCAGACUUCUUCGGGAAUUUUAAUGAAACCACAAAUGCUUUAGUGGCUUCAAUGCUUGCUUUCCCUGGAACGGAUAACACAUGCAUGAAUGAAAGCAAUUUGUAA